AUGAUGCUGGUUGUGAAAACUAAGAAGUUAGCGAUUGUGGACUGUUACAUUAGCAUCCUGUGGAUUGGCAAAGAUAGCUCCUCAGACAAGGAGUCCAUCCUGACCAUCCUCCAGGUUCUUGGAGAUCUGCUUUCUGUUGGCACCGACCGAAGGAUUCGCUACAUGAUCAGUAAAGGGGGCAGCGAGGCCCUUCUGCAGACCCUGGUGGACACAGCCAGGACAGAUUCUCCAGACUAUGAUGUCCUCCUGCCCCUCUUCCGACUGCUGGCCAAAGUUGGCCUACGAGAUAAAAAGUUUGGACAGAAGGCACUAGAAUUGGAAGCACUCGAUGUGACAUUGAUUCUGGCCAGGAAAAACCUGUCCCACAGCCAGAACCUCCUUCACUGUCUCUGGGCUCUGCGUGUGUUCACCUCUAGUGUCACCACGGGGGCCAUGCUGGGAAUUAAUGGAGCAAUGGAACUGCUUUUCAAGGUCAUCACCCCUUAUACCCAGAAGCGCACCCGAGUAAUCAGGGCAGCCACCGAAGUUCUGGCAGCAUUGCUGAAAUCCAAGUCUAACAGCCGCAGGGCUGUGAACAGAGGCUACGUCACCAGCUUGCUCUGGCUGCAUCAAGACUGGCACCACCAAGACGUCGCCAAUACCUACGUGCUGAUCCGCCGGGCACUCCUGCUCAGCCUCAAGCACAUUGCCAACCUCCGGUCUGGCAGGGAGGCCUUCCUGGCAGCCCAGGGCAUGGAGAUCCUCUUCAGCACCACCCAGGAUGAUGACUUGGAAACGGAUGUGAACAAGCUAAGUUCCAAACCUGGUCUUGACCGACCCGAAGAGGAACUGAUGCAGUAUGAGGCGAUGUGUCUUGAGCUCUCCUGCAGCUUUGAGGAACUCGAGUCUAAACCUGCAGAUGAUUUGAACUUUGAAGAGACUCAGCAUGCCAAGCACUACCACAUUCCGACUGCAGCCUCCCCAAAGCAGCAUUGUUUGACUGAGGACCAACGCUCCUGGGGGCAAGAAAGAGAAGACAUGGUCCAGACUUCCCUCCUGAGUAUGGUGAAGAUGGGGAGGUCCGCCAUGCAUCCAGCCUCCAAAAAAGGCCCUGGGAACACUGCAUACCAAAACAUGCAAUCAAAUGGUCUUGGGAUAAAUUCUUCUGGAAAAGAAAUCCCUGACAUUCAAGCUUCCCUCAAACAGGAUGCUUGGGAUAUAGACGUGAUUUCCUGCCCAAUGAUGAGUGCCUCCUUCUCCAAUUCCACUAGGCCUACAGAAACUGCUGAAGUAAUAGAUAAGCUUCUGCAGACACAUCCCAAGCAUAUCCCCUUCCAUGACCCCUCUCUUUAUAUGGCCAAAGCCAGAAGAACCAGAUCUGUAGCUGACUUCAAGAGGAUGGCAUUUCCUGACCUCUGGGGUCACCGUCCACCUCCCUUUGCUCAGUCAAUGCUGGAGCGCAAGUGUGGACUCCAAAGGAUCAAGAUAUUUGAGGAUGUCCGGAGGCUCAUCCAGCCAAGUGAUGUUAUAAAUAAAGUCGUCUUCAGUUUAGAUGAGCCUUGGCUGUUGCAAGACACCGCUUCUGACUGCUUGCGGUUCUCCUCCAAGUUUGAGUCAGGAAAUCUUCGCAAAGCCAUCCAAGUGCGUGAGCGGGAAUACGAUUUGCUGGUCAACACUGACGUGAAUAGCAGCCAGCACCAGCAGUGGUUCUACUUCCAGGUGAGCGGCAUGAGAGCUGCCGUCCCUUACCGCUUCAACAUCAUCAACUGUGAGAAGCCCAACAGCCAGUUUAAUUACGGGAUGCAGCCAACUGUGUAUUCUGUGAAGGAGGCUCUUCUUGGCAGACCCACCUGGAUACGGAUGGGCUAUGAAAUCUGUUAUUACAAAAAUCAUUAUCGCCAGAGUGCAGCCGUCAUGGGGGGAGCGUCUAAGAAGUGUUUUUAUACCCUCACCUUUGUGGUCACUUUCCCGCACAAUGAGGAUGCCUGCUACCUGGCCUACCACUAUCCCUACACCUACACAGCCCUCCUGACUCACCUUGACAUCCUGGAAAAAAGCGUGAACCCCAAGCAAGUCUACUUCCGCCAGGAUGUUCUCUGCCAGACGCUGGGAGGGAAUUCGUGUCCAUUGGUGACUAUCACGGCCACGCCUGAGUCUAAUAGCGCUGACCACCUGGAGCAGUUCCGUGAGUAAAAAAUGACAACCCUCUUUGAAGAUGUGGUGGUUAUGGGGUGUCCUCACAGCCUUGGACACUCCCUGUCCCGUUGAGAUCAGAAGCUUCAUAAA